CGGCUGCUCUCGCCUGACUCCUCCCCCCGAGUUCGAUGCGCUCGUCUCUCGGCUCUGCUCAGGCUUGUCAGUGCGGGCGAGAGCGCUGCUAAACAUGGCGUCGGACGGGAUGAUUUUAACCAACCACGACCACCAAAUCCGAGUUGGAAUAUUGACAGUGAGUGACAGCUGCUUCAGAAACCUUGCCGAGGACCGCAGUGGAGUCAACCUCAAAGAUCUUGUCCAUGACCCAUCCUUGCUCGGAGGCAUAAUCUCUGCAUACAAAAUAGUCCCUGAUGAGAUUGACGAGAUCAAGGAGACGCUGGUGGACUGGUGUGACGAGAAGGAGCUCAACUUGAUUCUGACCACCGGUGGAACAGGUUUUGCACCCCGUGAUGUCACGCCUGAGGCCACCAGAGAGGUGAUUGAGCGUGAAGCUCCAGGGAUGGCUCUAGCAAUGCUCAUGGGCUCCCUAAAUGUCACGCCACUCGGCAUGCUGUCCAGACCCGUAUGUGGAAUCAGAGGCAAAACCCUCAUCAUUAAUUUACCUGGGAGCAAGAAGGGCUCACAGGAGUGCUUCCAGUUCAUCCUGCCUGCUCUGCCCCACGCCAUAGACCUGCUGCGGGACGCCAUAGUAAAGGUGAAGGAGGUACACGAUGCUCUAGAGGACCUGCCAUCCCCUCCGCCGCCCCUCUCCCCUCCACCCACCACCAGUCCACACAAGCAGACAGAAGACAAGGGUGUACAGUGUGAGGAAGAGGACGAGGAGAAGAAGGACAGUGGCAUUGCGUCCACAGAGGACAGCGGCUCCUCUCACAUCACAGCAGCUGCUAUUGCUGCUAAGAACAUGAAGUCUCAUCCCAGCCAUGCCAUUGUCAUGGCGAAAGGUGGGCAGCCCUUGAGUGGCUUCAUCCCGCCCACCUCCAUUCCCUCCCAUUUCACCUGCUCCUGCAGUGACACGAUACCAGAGUCCAUCAUUUCACGAGGCGUGCAGGUGUUGCCACGGGACACCGCCUCUCUCAGCACCACGCCCUCAGAGUCUCCUUGUGCUCAGCAGUCCCGCCUCUCCACUGCCUCCUGCCCCACCCCCAAAGCCCGGCUCACCUCCUGCUCAUCUACUUAUAGUGUCACAGAGGCCUCACGGAGAGAGUUCAGGGCUCACCUGGAUGAGGUCAUCACGCUCAAGUCAAGGUACUCUACCUUGGACCAGCUCCACUCUAGGCUGGAGGGGCUCAAAGAUGAUCGCAGGAACCAUAGGACCUUCGACUCGCGAGUGCAGUCACGAUGCAGCAGCAAGGAGAACAUCCUGAGAGCAAGUCACAGUGCAGUGGACAUCACGAAGGUAGCUCGGAGACACCGCAUGUCCCCGUUUCCCCUCACUUCUAUGGACAAGGCCUUCAUCACUGUGCUAGAGAUGACACCUGUCCUGGGUACUGAAAUCAUCAACUACAGAGAUGGAAUGGGUCGAGUUCUGGCUCAGGACGUCUAUGCCAAAGACAACCUGCCUCCUUUCCCUGCGUCAGUUAAAGAUGGCUAUGCUGUUCGAGCUGCUGAUGGCCCUGGUGAUCGCUUCAUCAUUGGGGAGUCUCAGGCUGGGGAGCAGCCCACUCUCACAGUUAUGCCAGGCCAAGUGAUGAGGGUGACGACAGGUGCUCCUAUCCCAUGUGGUGCAGACGCUGUAGUGCAAGUAGAAGACACAGAACUGCUACGAGAGUCUGAAGACGGUACAGAGGAGCUGGAGGUGAGGAUCCUGGUUCAGGCCCGUCCAGGACAGGAUAUCAGGCCUAUAGGUCAUGAUAUCAAGCGUGGAGAGUGUGUGUUAGCUAAGGGCACUCACAUGGGUCCAUCUGAGAUCGGCCUCUUGGCCACUGUAGGAGUCACAGAGGUGGAGGUGCAGAAAUUCCCAGUUGUAGCAGUAAUGUCCACCGGCAAUGAGUUGUUAAACCCUGAGGAUGACCUCCACCCAGGCAAGAUCAGGGACAGUAACCGAUCCACACUGUUGGCCACCAUUCAGGAGCACGGCUAUCCCACCAUCAACCUCGGCAUCGUCGGAGACAACCCAGACGACCUGCUGAACGCCCUAAAUGAGGGCAUUAGCCGUGCUGAUGUCAUCAUCACCUCUGGGGGCGUGUCCAUGGGUGAGAAGGACUACCUGAAGCAGGUGCUGGAUAUAGACCUCCAUGCCCAGAUCCACUUCGGUCGAGUGUUUAUGAAGCCAGGUUUGCCUACUACGUUUGCCACCUUAGACAUUGACGGUGCCAGAAAACUGAUCUUCGCCCUUCCAGGUAAUUUCACCUACAGAGACACAGGGGCGACUCUUCUGGAGACUGUGCCCCUGAGUGACAGCGAGGCCAGCAGACUGCCUGUGCCUCCUCCCCCACGAGGAAGUAACCCAGUGUCAGCUGUUGUAACCUGUAACCUCUUUGUCAUUCCUGCAUUAAGAAAGAUGCAGGGGAUACUGGACCCACGGCCCACCAUCAUCAAAGCCAGGCUGUCCUGUGAUGUAAAGUUGGACCCGCGUCCAGAAUAUCAUCGCUGUAUACUGACAUGGCACCACCAGGAACCACUUCCCUGGGCACAGAGCACAGGAAACCAAAUGAGUAGUCGGCUAAUGAGCAUGCGCAGUGCCAACGGCCUUCUGAUGUUGCCUCCGAAAACAGAGCAAUACGUGGAGCUGCACAAAGGUGAAGUCGUGGACGUCAUGGUCAUAGGACGGCUAUGAUGUCAUCUUAAGGGGACAGACCAAGUACAGAGCAAGAAAGUGGUGCAUGUCCACAUAUCAUUACUAUUCUGUAAUAUGCAACGGCACAGCUAGUUUUUAUUGAUUUGAGAGAAGUUGAUCCAGUAUAAUCAACAUUUCGAACAGACGAAAAUGUGAAAUUUAUGAAAAUAUGACUUCGAAGACAUCAUAGUAUUUCAAAGACAGAAAAUAUUAUACCUUUUAAAGUGAUAAUAUAUAUAUAUAUAUGAAAUAUAAGAGAUUUAUUCUGUAAUAUAUUGUUAUAAUUAUUAUGAUUAUUAAUAUAAUGAUGAAUAUUAUCAUAUUAAGCAACUCUGUUCUCUUUCAUUGCAAUUGCUUUGUGUGUUCAAUGCUAGAACUUAUAGAUAGCCGUAGCAUUUUAAUAGACAGCUGUUGGCGCCUGUCACACAUACAUCAGAAAGCUUAUUUUCUCAUCGGUAGAAAAUGUGUCACUGAGGAAUGAAAAGCGCUUAAAAAUGACAGCGGGGAGCCCUUUGGGUCCCCGACAGGAGCUGGAUCUUUUCAUCUCUCCUCAAAGUGCACCAAGGUGACCCAGCUUCUUUCCCUUUAGUAUUAUAUGCUCCAUAAAGACUUCAUUAUGCUUCAUAAAGGGUUUACAAAAUCGCUUUGCUUGUCGUUUAUCUUGUGAGUCGUGUUUAUGUGCGCAGUGCCAAAAGCCAGGGCUGUGGGGGGGGGAGGUCUUGUGGUCAUGACGCCGAAAAGCAGCGGGUGCCGCCGGGUAUCACAGACUUUGUGCGGAUCGUUUUCGGAAACGAUGACUGAUGAGGGUCUGUGUAAAGUCUGUGCUACUUCAGCGCACACAGAGGCAUGUCCUGUGCUACAGGCUACCUCAGUCUGGAACAUACUUCAUAAUAAACUGGCCCUCAUAGCUCUGCCCUUAUUACUCUCUAUUUUACCCACUACCCUUACAUUUAAACUCGCCCGGCCCAAUCCUAGAGGCUGAGCUCCCUGGAAACUUUUGUUUGUUUAACUUCAAAGAUGAAGACACAGCUUAUUUAAGUGCUGACAGCCUUUUUAAACAAAUUACAUAAAAUGUACAGUCAAAAAAAUGCAAGAGUGAUAUUGUACAGACAAGUGACCAGCACUCCUGAGGAAUAUACUAUGGUACUGAAAAGAUAUUGAAAAACUCUGUACUAUAAUAUCAUUUUCUGUAAUACUGAUCUAAUGCGAGAAUUAAAAUUCUUGAUCAUUAUGUAAAGACGUGGUUCAGUUUCUUUUUUUAAAUAAACACUGAAAGCUGA